UGGACAGAAAAUAUUCUGUUGAAAAACUAGAGGGAGGAGGUUGUCAAGUCACUAGGAAGAUCUAGGAAGUGGUCAGUGAGUGAGAUUUCCACAAAAAGAAAAUACAGUUAAAGUGUGUAUCUCAGUGGCUCUACCAAGAUCCCAACUUCAGGAAGAUAUCUUGUGACUUCUAAUUUGAUCGAUUUAUUUCCGUAGUCGAAGCAGCAUCAUGGCGAGGGACUACGAUCAUCUCUUCAAGCUACUCAUUAUAGGCGACAGUGGAGUUGGGAAAAGUAGUAUCUUACUGCGUUUUGCAGACAAUAUGUUCUCAGGGACAUAUAUAACAACAAUUGGAGUCGACUUUAAAAUCAGAACAGUAAAUGUAGAUGGUGAAAAAAUUAAAUUGCAAAUAUGGGAUACAGCUGGUCAAGAAAGGUUCAAAACUAUCACUACAAGCUACUACAGAGGAACUCAUGGAGUCAUUGUUGUUUAUGAUGUAACAAGUGCACAAUCAUUUCUAAGUGUAAAGAACUGGAUGGAGGAGAUACAGAAAAACUGUGAUACAGUUAGCAAAGUCUUAGUUGGAAAUAAGGAUGAUUGUCCAGAACUAAAGGUUGUAGAAACAGGAGAUGCUGAAAAGCUUGCAGAGAAAAUGAAUGUUCAGCUUUUUGAGACAAGUGCGAAAGAAAACCAAAAUAUUGAAGAGGUCUUUGAUUGCAUAACAAAGCUUGUUCUUGUAACCAAGAAAGCUCAGCAGCAAAAGGCUAACGAAGACAGGAGUCAGGGUGGAAUUAGUCUUGACAAAAGUAGCAAAAAGAAGAAGAAGGGCAUGUGUUAGUGUUUAUUGUUGAAGGCGGUUAUAUGUUUUAAAAACAUUUAGCUUUUUGUGUCUUCCAUUCAGUUUUAAACUAGGUAGAAACUCCUAUUAUUUGCAAUCCUAUCAAGUUUGAACUUUCUAUCUUUUAUUUAUAGAAGUAUAUUGUAGCAGGAAAAAUGCAAAUCAAUAAAAAACAUUAAAAAGUAAUGGCAUUUGAAAAAGAAGUACAUUCUUUAAAACAAUUAUACAUUUAUAAAUAUGUUCAUAUGGAAAUGAGAUUAAUUUAAAUUUCCCCUGCCACAUAGAGCUUUAUUAGUGUGCCGGCGCUAAAGCGAUAUAUAUUAGAUUUUAUUUCCGAAUAUGCAUAGGCAUAGCGGAUGGUAAACCUUCAGGAGGGCUUACUAUGGAUCUUACCCGAAUGCUAUUGCUUUAUUUAGAUAGAUCUGCCCGCACGGAGCCUGAAUUUUGCUUAAUAGGGGGCUGCACUGCAGCCUUACCUGCCCCCAUGUCUCCCAUGCCUAUGGAAAACAGGAAUUUUGUCAUCACAUUGGCCCUGCUAAGACAUAUUUGUGUAUAUAUAUAUAUUUGAUCGCAAUAUCUACGUGACAGACCGGUAAAUGCAGCCUUUUUUUUUCUUUCUAGCACAUUACCAAUAACUCUUUAAAUUAACAUUUUAUUCGAUGUUUGUAGAGGCAGUCAGUUUUCUUGAGCAUAACUUUGUAAUAUAUUGAUAUUUGAGUAUUUAUAGUAAUGAUGAUUGUAGAUAAAUUGGUAUUCUGAUAGAAAUAUCUAAUCUUCAGUAAAUGUUUUUGAGUGGACAGCAGGCGUCAGGCAAAAUGGCGAGCUCUUUGUAGAAUUUAUUAUUUAGACAUUAAUGAACAAGCUUUAGAAUUGAUAAAUAAUUAAUUUUGCGACAUAAUUUCUAUCGGUAAUUAUCUUUUCCCAGUCUUGAUGUUGCCCAAAUAAUCAGCCUCCUCAGCAUUCAAAUAAGUGAUAUGUUUUCUUUAUCAAACAAAGACUGCAAACACUUUAAUCAGGUAUUGUUUUAUAUUCUUGAUUGAAGAAUUUGGUCGAUGAGCGAGUUAAAACUAUCUUUAAUAUAGCGAGAUAUAGGGAGAUGUUUAUGUAAAGGCAGCCGUUAGUCAAGAGAGAAUGCCUAUCAUAAGUAAUUUUGCUGUUUGAAGAACGCAUCCAGUUUUUGAAUAUUUUGAUCCUCUUAAAUAUUAUAAUUUUUUAUCCGAAUAAAAAUUACAAGGACAUACGGAAGUCGC